CGACAAUUAGCCCUUAAAUUUUCAUCUUUGUCGAAGGAAGUCCUAGAGAUUUGUUCGUGAUUCGUGUUUCAAGAGACUCAUUUGGAGAAGAAAUAUGUUGCUGUCUGCAGCGAGAUUUGCAGCUGCGAAAGGCCCUUCAGCUGUUGCGGGCCAUGGAGGGGGUGGCGUAAAGCUGUGGAAAAAUCUGUCUUUCUUCGUUGCAUUACCAGCGGUUGGUCUGUGUAUGUUAAAUGCUUGGCUCAAGCAUCAGGAAGAGCCUCACCACCGACCAGAAUUUAUACCUUAUGAACAUCUGAGACUGAGAACAAAGCGGUUCCCAUGGGGUGACGGAAACAAGAGCCUGUUCCAUAAUCCUCAUGCAAAUGCCCUCCCUGAAGGUUAUGAAGAUGCCCACCAUUGAAUUGUUUACUUAUUUCAGAAUGCUGUGUAGUGAACCAUUAUUGUAUUGGAUGGAUGUUUAAUAUGUAUAUAGCAAUAAAUAACUUACAAUAAAGGA